CAGAACUGCACGUGCGGCUACGAAACGAUCGCGCUUGUGCCCCGCAUUGCCACGUCAAGCAGGCGCCGCGGUCGAUCUUGUUGCAGCGAAAUCCGGCGAAACCCCUUGGUGUGGUCACCUACUUGGUCGAUUGUGAUUGGGCAAAACUAUUUUCAGCGCAGGGGAUCGAGAUCGUAACUGAUCGAAACACCAGAGAAAACGACGGCGUCCACCGUGCUGCCGCCUCGGUCUCGCUCACUUGAUCCGUCGCAAAGGAACGCCAUGUUCGACGACCUCCUCAAGCUCAUCAAGAACAGCCCACGGUGGGCACAGUCCAGUCUCGCACGCCGCCUCGGUUUUAGCUUAAGUUACGGCCACCACGACGACGACGACGAUGACCCAGAAGAGACUGUAAAAGAAACAGACUGGACGAAGCUUCAAGUGUCUGGCACCAAACCACCCGUUCGGAGCGGUCAUGCUUCAGUCGUGGUGCGCGGUGUCAUGUAUGUCUUCGGCGGAUACAACGAAGGGAAUUGCCACUUUGACUUGUACGCGUUCAACCUGACCCAUCAUCACUGGACCAAGCUAGAAAAUCGUGGCGGUAUCAUGCCAGAUGGCCGAGCGUCGCACGCGUGGUGCAGCUCCACGGACGAGACUAAGCUGUACUUGUUCGGUGGCAGCGGCCCACACUGGGGCCAGACCAACAUGGGCAAGCUGCUCCAGUACUCUUUGCAUACCCACGACUGGAGCAUCGUGCCGACAACAGGGACACACCCGCCACCAGGUUACGGCCAAAGUAUGGUGUCCAUCAACCACAAGCUGUAUCUCUUUGGCGGCACGUCCGGCCACGUGUACGUGAACGACCUGUUCGUGUUCGACGAAGUGCAGCUCUCUUGGGUGCUCCUGACCACCCAUGGCGCCAAGCCGUCCCCUCGCUACAAGCAUCAGGCAGUCGUUGUCGGCAACGACAUGUACAUUAUCGGCGGUGGGCUGUACGACCCGCCCAAGGGCUUUAUCGACAUGCACAAAUUCGACACCCUCACGUCGACUUGGAGCCCAGUGCCGUGUACUGGCGCACUACCAUGCUCCCGCAUCGCGCACACGGUGUCCGUGUACAACAACACGUCUGCAUCGCCCAAGUUCAUCCUAUUUGGAGGUCGGGACGAGACUGGCAUGCGAUUGAAUGAACUGAGCGAAUUUGACGUUGCGUCGUCGACGUGGGUUCAACUGGACGACGACAGCAAUGCCCCCGACGCUCGAGAUUUCCACACGAGCGCUGUUUCCGGCGACUCGAUGUAUGUCUUUGGCGGGUCCAACGGCGACGAGCGCAACAGCGACGUGUUUCGCUUUACCAAAAACCACACGCCGUCGACGCUGACGCUCCUGGCCAUCCAAACAAUUCAAAAGUUCUCGCGAACGAACCGAACACUUCAGCGUCAGCUACGCAACGUGUACAUCCCGACAGAACUGCACGCGGCCAUCGACACGCUCAACACGCAUGUCCGUGUGUCGACCAACGACGAGUGGUACCCUCUGCCGUUCGUCGCGGCCACUCCUCAGCGCACCCUGAGCUGUCGAAGUCGCACCUCCAGUGCGUUCUCGAGCACGAGUUGCGAAGACGGCAUUUGAAUGGCCGUUGCCCAGAUGGGACAAGUGCGUGGGUGUUGUAGAAACAACUGGUCAUCCGAGAGGACGUGUGCAAGUGCGUGUGUGUGGAAGUCAAAUUAAUCUAGUAAAGCCAUGGAAAACAAAUCCUUUGGGCUCA